AUGAACAACUUUAGGAGAAAGCAGGAGGAAACAAAAAUAGCUCUAGCAAAGUGGAACCAAUUACACUUUAAAGCUCUUCAAGUUAAGAUUUCUCUAGCGAAGGAGAAAUUAACCAAGGCGGAUACAUCCCAAGCAAAUGACUAUGACAAGGAAUGUACUGCUAGAAGGAAGCUAAAUGAGGCACUCCAAAGAGAGGAAAUUCACCGAAACAGAAAUCAAGGAUUUACUAGCCCAUUCGACAGCCUUUCCCCUGGCUUGGAAGGGGUACUACAAAACAUCAUUACGGAAGAGCAAAAUGAGAUUCUUGCUAGUAUACCCGAUGAAGAGGAAAUAAAGGCAGUGCUAGAACAAAUCAACCCGGAUAAGGCUCCGGGCCCAGAUGGACUUCUGGGUUCUUUCUAUCGUCAUCAUUGGAAAGUGGUCAGGAACGGUGUUUUGAAGAUGGUGAAGUCUUUCUUUGAAGAGUCACUCAUGCCGCCGUUCCUGAACAUAGCAAACUUAGUGCUCAUUCUGAAGAAAGAGAAUGCUUCCUCUGCUAUUGAGCUCAGAGCGAUAGCUCUUUGCAACGUGGCGUAUAAGAUCAUAUCUAAGAUACUGGCCAACGGACUAAGACCUAUCCUCCCGGACAUUGUCUCUCAAUUGCAAUUUGUAUUCGUCAAAGGGGGAGUGAUCCAAGACAACACGAUGAUUGUAAACGAGGUUAUCCACACAAUGAACAAGAGUCAAGGGAAACAAGAUGUUUUAUCUCGCUUACUCUCUAUCAGUGAGAAUCAGGGGAUGUUGAAAGGAAUCAAAGUAGCGAGGGAGGCUCCUGCCAUUUCCCACUUGGUCUUCGCAGAUGACAUCAUCCUAUUUGGUAAGGCUACACAAAGGGAGGCUAAGGGUCUAAUGGACUGCCUCAAUAAAUAUUGUGAUUGGUUAGGGGAGAAGAUAAACAUGAACAAGUUAGAGUUCCAUUUUUCCAACAAAGUUAAUGGGUCUAAUGCUAUCAAGCUGGCUGAUUACCUUCGAAUGAACUGA